UUGACAUAACGUAAAAUUAUAACGGUAGAAACUUGAAAAGUAGUUAAGUUAAAUAUAUUGUUCUACGCGAAUAAAACAACCGAAAUUGUAGAUAAACAAGAAUAUUUACCUGCGUAAUCCAUACAAACAAAAAUAUGGAGGUUGAUUUGAAGGAAGUAGCGGAUCUGGAAACUAAAAUUAUCAACCAUGAAGCUUAUAACAAACCAUAUAAAUGGUCAGCUAAAGACUUUGAACUUGGCUCCAGUAUGGGGCGUGGUAAGUUUGGACACGUUCACGUCGCACGAGAGAAAAAGACUGGCUAUCUAGUAGCUAUUAAAGCACUGUUCAAAUCACAAAUAUUGAAAUCCAGAUGCGAGCGUCAGGUUAUGAGAGAAAUUGAAAUACAAUCACACUUAAAGCAUCCAAAUGUUCUAAGACUAUUAACAUGGUUUCAUGAUGAAAAACGAAUAUAUCUUGUAGUGGAAUUCGCUGCUGGUGGAGAGCUUUAUAAGCACUUGACUAGCUCGCCUAAAGGAAGAUUUCCAGAAAACAAAGCUGCAAAAUAUAUUUAUCAGGUUGCAGAUGCAGUUGAUUACUGUCAUCAACACCAUGUGAUUCAUAGAGAUAUAAAGCCAGAGAACAUUUUAGUGGCAUACAAUGGUGACCUCAAACUUGCAGACUUUGGCUGGUCUGUGCAUGCUCCAUCAGAAAGACGUAAGACAAUGUGUGGCACACUGGACUAUCUCCCUCCAGAGAUGAUUAAAAGAGAAGUGUACAAUGUUUCUGUUGACCACUGGUGUAUUGGUGUACUCUUGUAUGAGUUCCUUGUGGGUAAACCACCCUUUGAAAGUGAUGGCCAAGACAAAACAUACGCCAGAAUCUUAGCUUUAGACAUGACUUACCCUAGAUUUGUACCUGAAGGCGCCAAAGAUCUUAUUUCGAAGCUUCUAAAGACCUCAAGUAAAGAUAGAUUGUCGCUUGAUGGUGUAAAAAAACAUUAUUGGGUGCAACAAUUUCAUAAUGUAAAAUAAUGCUCGUUUAAUUGUGCCCUAUGAUUAUUAACUUUAAC